ACGUAUUCUGUGGCGUCACACUUUACUUGUUCCUUUCUUGUUGCGUAGCAACAAUAGUAAACUCUUCGCCAUCUUGAUUUUCCGGACGAAUCGGGUAUUUUGUCCUUUCUUUUGCGUAAUUAAACAAAAUGGAGGACGACGAUCUGGGGCUCGACUUCGAUCUGGAUUCUCCGCCCAAAAAAGCUCCUCCAAGAUUGGGUCGACGUUCCGAAAAUACAAAUAAUCAGAGUCCUCUUCGUGCCUCGUCAUUUGAUUUAGAAAGUCCUCCAUCAGGAAAACUUUCACCAAAUAAAAGUGGACCACCCAAAGUUCCGCCUAGAUCAAGGAAAACGGGAGGUUGGGCUGAAGAUCCUCCGUCCAGUGCCAUGCGUUGGCUAAGAAGAAGUGCACGACCAAACACAAAUGCUAAUAAUACAAAACAAGAGACAAAAACCGAAAUAGAUGAUUCAGAUUCAGAAAUACCAGUCAUUCCGGAUUUAGACGAAGUAAAAGACGAAGAUUUUGUAUCUCAGAUUGCACAAGCGCCGAGUGUUGCAGUAAAUAGAGUGGCCACAUAUCAGGAACUAGAUAACGAUCUCUUAAAACACGCAGCAUUUAAUACUCUGGACGGAAUUGAUCUUAGGCUUUUAACCAAAUGUUUGUCACCAGAAAACGAUAUCAAAGAGGAAAUUGUCGCCUGCACGUGGGACAUCAUAUUUGCUGACAUAUCUUCUGAACUGACCAUAGAUUCCGAAGAGAAAACUGAAAAAGACGAUCUCGUGAUUGCUUAAAUUGUUGUUUUUAUUUAUAUUUUUGCACAAAAUAAAAUGUUAAUUCUUUAUUAUUACAUUAUAAAAUUGUUUGCAAUAAAAACUGAAUACAUUCCAACAGUUUAUUGGAA